AAAAAUUACACGAGUUCAGUAAUUUUUUAAGGUCCUGGAUGCGUAUGCAAAAACUGUUUUUGAUCACACACAUCACAUUCACCGUCCCAACUUGCUGUCAACAUUUCUUUUCUCAAAAAGCUACGAAACACGGUAGUUUGAAUUCGAAAUGGAAACCUGAGGAUACCCAAAAUAAAAAACAGUUGGAAGAAAGACAAAAGAAGUAAAAUAGUUAUUUCUUUGUCUAUUUCUUCCUCCUGCCCCUGUACUACCCCUCUGCAAUUUCUUUCUGAGAAAAAAAAAUGCAUGAAAAAUUCGUUGCAGAUUUUAAGGGAAUGGCUUUUCAAUGACAGAUGAAGAGCAGCGACAAUAGAGUAGGAGACCCACAACAAGGUCGGAGAUUCUUUGGGUGUUCUUCAUAUUUUUAGAAUGUCAGAUCACUCUGAAACAACAUCUGUUAAUCCGAGUUUUCUGAUUGAAAAGGAUAGUACCAGUGGGUUUGAGAAAAUCAAAUUGUUUGGGCCCAAAAGGUCAUCUGCUGAGGUGUUGCUGUAUGGUGGGCAAGUGACCUCAUGGAAGAGUGAAAAUGGAGAAGAAUUGCUUUUCAUGAGCAGUAAGGCUGUCUUCAAGCCACCAAAGCCAGUAAGAGGAGGGAUUGCUAUCUGUUUUCCACAGUUUGGGAACCUGGGUUCAUUGGAGACGCAUGGAUUUGCAAGGAGCAGAAUGUGGGUUAUAGAUCCCGACCCACAACCUCCCCCUACUAAUGAAAUGACUGCAGUUGAUCUACUUCUGAAACCUACAAACGAGGAUAUGAAGAUCUGGCCUCACAAUUUUGAACUGAGAUUGAGAGUGACCUUGGGAGCUGGAAAGCUUCAACUGACAUCACGAGUGAGAAAUACUGACAACAAGCCUUUCACCUUCACACUUGCUUUGCAUACCCAUUUGUCUGUAUCUGAUAUCAGUGAUGUGCGGGUUGAAGGAUUGGAAACUUUGGACUAUUUUGAUAACCUUCAGGACCGUCAACGCUUCACAGAUCAAGGGGAUUCUAUUACUUUUGAUUGUGAGGUGGAUCGAAUCUAUUUGAGCACCCCACAAUCACUUGCAGUGAUUGAUCAUGAGAAGAAAACAACUUUUGUCCUUCGGAAAACUGGGUUUCCUGAUGCAGCUGUUUGGAAUCCUUGGAUUAAGAAAUCCAAAGCAUUGGUUGAUUUUGGUGACGAUGAAUACCUACGAAUGGUUUGCAUUGAAGCUGCAGCUGUUGAAAAACCCAUUGCAUUGAAACCUGGGGAGGAAUGGACUGGCCGCCAAGAGCUGGAAGUGGUUUCAUCAAAUUAUUUCAGUGGGCAGAUGGACCCAGUCAAUUUGAAGGGUAAAUCAUGACAAGUCCACUUGUCAUAUGGCCUAAGGCUUGGAUCAUUUGCUUAAAACUUCAAACAAGCGUGAUCUAUAUUCAUCAGAUUCUGGCAUAUACUUCUUGUGAGCAGUUACCAUUUUCACGUCACUCCAGUCUCCAGCAUUGCAGAUUUUUUAUACAAUUAUUUAGAAGUAAUAUCAAUGAUCAUUGCUUUUGUUCUUUUUUUUUGUACAAUAACUUCCACAUUCUUUUUCCACUCAAGAUCAGAACAAGGCAAGCAGUUUAUAGAAUGAUAUUCUUUUGGUGAACCAUUGUGGGCACCAGAUUAUUUUUUAUUUUUGUUACAGUGGACUGAAAUUUGUAUGCCCAAGAGGCUCGAAUACUUCACAAGAUUCCCUGGGAAAAAGCUUAUUGUGCUAUCAUUAUCAUAAUUUCUUCACAAGAGUUCACUGGAGCAGGUUAAUUGUAUAAUGUUUUCUUGGUUGCAAUGGCAAAUUCGCAUAAUUCAAUACUCCAACCAAAUUAUUUAUUGUUUA